GAAAUCAGGAAAUGUCAGCCACGAAGAGUUCCUAUUUGCCGAAGUGACCAUGAACGCAGCAUUUGUUGCGACGUCAUUUCCUGAAUCACAUUUCCGGUUAAAGAUGGCGGCGACCUUGUGUUCAAAGUUUCUACAGAAACAAGGAUGGCUCCCGCUCACCCAGAGCGUCCGACACGGCUCCAAGGCCGUGACUCGACACCGGAAACCGUUUCACAUCAUCCGGCAGAAGCUCAUGGCCGUGACCAAGUACAUGCCUCCAGUGAGGGCCAUUCCUCCGGGCGCAUACCCGUCCGCCACCAAGCGCGUCCAGGAGGAUAACGCCCUGACGUUACUCCUGAAGACGGAUCUGAAGAAGGUGUUCCAGGACUGUAAGAUGGUGGCCGUGGUGCAGAACAGCGCCAGCAGCGCCGAAGACAUGAUGCUGCUCAAGAACAGACUUUUCAAACAUGGCAUCAUCGUCAAGUUCUUCCCAAACCAGGUGACGCGGUCGUUCCUGAUGGACACUGUCCACAGCAACAUGGCUCCUCUGUUCAUUGGUCCGACGGUGCUGUUUAUUAGUAAAGAGCCGAAGGUGAAGGAGAUGCUGAAGGCUCUGAAGUCCAGUCCUCAGAUGACCCUGCUGGGAGCCUGCAUAGACAACACGCUGCUGAGUGUCGACGGGAUUGUGAGCUACUCCAAACUGCCGUCGGUGGCUGUGGUCCAGGGUCAGCUGGUGAGCGGGCUGACGAUGCUGACCUCCCACACUGCCUCCCUGCUGCAGCGCCACCCGGCGCACCUGUCGGCCCUGCUGCAGCAGCACGUCAGGCAGCAGAGCCCGGACAGCAGCGCGGCAGAGGAAGCCGCGUAGAUUCAGAGGAAUCUAUCGAGACUGUUUUCCUUUGCAGACGCUUGGAACCACAAGGGAGCGAAGAGCUGGAUGCACACUUCACAUUUAUUUGACUUCGGCAACAAAACUUCCAGGCAGAUUUUCACUGAAUCAAACAAAAUGUCUGAGUGUGUAUCCGCCCAUGGCAGCACUGGUAAUUCACACUUGUGGAUGAAGGAUUCUGCAGACUGGACUGGUUUCUGUGCAUCUCAACCUCUUCAUGAAAGUCUUGGAUGGACAAUGCUGCAAAAAAUAUCCCAGUUGCCCAAGCUCUUACUUUAUUUAAUAUAUUGUCACACAUGAAUAAACGAUGUCAACUCAA